GUAAGAUGGCGGGCUCGCGGUAAGCAGCUGUCAGGGAUGAAAAUAGGUAUAUCUGGAAGAAGAUUUUAAAAUCAGUUUCUCUUCAGAUCAUCUUCUUUCACACCACCUAAUAAGCAUCUUGAUUCACCAUGGCGUUAGCAGCAGUAAAAUGGACGAUAUCAAACAGAACUAUCUGGAAACAUUUAUUUCCAAUUCAAAAUGGAGCUUUAUAUUGUGUUUGUCAUAAAUCUACGUAUUCUUCUCUACCAGAUGACUAUAAUUGCAAAGUAGAGCUUGCUUUGACAUCGGAUGGCAGGACAAUAGUAUGCUACCACCCUUCUGUGGACAUUCCAUAUGAACAUACAAAACCUAUCCCUCGGCCAGAUCCUGUGCAUAAUAAUGAAGAAACACAUGACCAAGUGCUGAAAACCAGAUUAGAAGAAAAAAAUGAGCGAUUUGAGCAAGGACCCAUGAUAGAACAACUUAGCAAAAUGUUCUUUACUACUAAGCACCGUUGGUAUCCUCGUGGACAGUAUCAUAGACGGCGUAGGAAACUGGAUCCUCCAAAAGACAGAUGAUACUGAGGUUUUCAGGAAUUGAAAAGAUGUUAUCUUGUGUCUCAUUUGCCAUUUGAGAAAAUGCAAUUGAGUAUAUUUACUAAUAUGUUAUAUAGC